AUUUAUUUUCAGAAAUUCAAGAUUUUAAGGAAUCAAAGAUGUUUACUGAAGAAGAAUUAAUCCAAUUUCAUGGAGUCAUCCAAAACACACAAGAAUUCUUAGAGAUCGAUUGCGGCUGCACAAACCCUAGAUAUGGCGACACACCUGGAAAACUCAGAGUUUAUAUUGAAGGAAAAAUCGAGAUUGACUGCACUUGCACGCACGAUUGUCCUAAAGUUAAUAUAUCUCCAAUUGAAUUUGCGAGACAUGCUGGGAGAACUAAUGCACAUAACAAUUGGACGAGCCAGAUUUGGGUGUUUAGUCACGAUGGGCAUAAAAUUGCUUUAUGGAGGACUUGUCUGUUGAAGUACCAUACGCAUACUUUCCAAAGACCUUUGCGCCAAGUAAUUCAUCGAGACGAGUUUCUACGCUGUUCUCAAUGUAAUAAAGAACGUAGAUUUAUUCUUCGAAAUAAAGAGGCUAUCAAGAUCUACCAUCAAGCUCUUGCUAACAAUAACUGGAGAUGUUCAGACGUGCCAAACCACUCGUAAGCAUUAACUUAC